CCGAACAUUUGGGUAGCGGGUAUAACAUCGGUUUCUGCGUAUCAUAAUGACUUGAAAUAGCAUCAAACCUCGCAGUAGACAGCGUUUGCGACCGUCCUAUGUUGUUGAAAAUCUAUUUUUGACCUGCGACAACAUCCAGACACAAAGAGCUUUUUUUGUGCCACAAAACUGGUCCAUGUCGGCUAGUGUCGAGCUCUGUCAAUGUUUAAACACAGUUGGAAUCGUCCUGAUGUGUUUUGGCUGGCCCUACUCAGUCUAACGGAAGAUGGGUGAGAGGUUGUCUAAGCAGGUGUUUGAUGAGAACGCGGUGGACCCGGCCGCGGCAGCAGCGUCGGAGCUCGCCAAGCUCAUGGUCAACGGAGCCGUGGAUCCCAAGACAGUCAAGUCCGCCAUCACGACAGGCUCCAAGGAAAGUCCCAAGACUGUGCCCAAAGAGAAGCCGAAAGGACCCGUCGUUGGGGCCCUUGGACAGGUGAUAUUCGGUGAGAUGUGGGAGCUGAUCUUCCCCGCAGCCUCCCUGUCCCCGACCCUGGAGGACAUCAGGUGUGUGGUCCAGCAGGAGCUGAAGGAGGACGUGCUGGACCAGAUUAACGGCGUUCUGCACGACCUGCAGGACGCGCUGUCCAUCAACUACGCCGUCAACAAGAGGAACAGUGACAUCACCACAGGAGUGAUCGGCACACUGAUGCAGGAGAACUACGCUAAGAUCGGGCUGUCGUGCUUCCUCCUACUGGCAGGGCUGCGGAUCGCACUGUAUCAGGAAAUGGCAGUUGUAGACCCGGAGAACAAGUCCCCUGACCUGAACCCCGCCCGGUCCCCUCGGUACGGCACCCCGCACACCGGCGUGGUGGCCAUGUACGCCCGGGAGUACGCGCAGCACGUGGAGCAGUGGUGGCCGCGGGUCAUCGACGACAGAGAGAACGCUAUCGUCUUCUACGAGUCCUACACGCUCUCUCCAGGAAGUCUGGGUAAGAAGACGUCACUGUUUGCUGACAAAGCCACGGGGAUGAAGGACCAACAAGAGGGCCUGUACAGUGAGUACAUGAUGGCCGCCAUAGAGAAGCUCAGCUCACGGUUCUGCAACCCUGUCGGGACCGUGCUGAACUGGAAGAGAUUGAUCAAAACACCCGUCAACACUGUCAGCAUGGGAGUUACUAUGGAUGACAAGGGUCAGUUUGCAUGUUAA